GUAAAAAAAUGCUGGAAAAAAUAGUUCUGAUUUUGUUGAUAUUUGGAUUUCAAGUUCCUGAAGGCUUGACUGGUGCUCCAGAACCUGACGAUGACACAUCCCAACAACAAGAAAUCUUUGGUAAUUGGGUAAUCAUGAUUGACGACGUGAUCAAUAGAAUAUACAACGUUACUCCAGCAGAUUUUUUUAUUGCAAUACACAUUGUUUCAAUUUUUGGAGAUCCUUGGAAAGGCAGACCCUGGACGAUGAUCGAUGAUAUUCGCAUCAGAAAUUUGCUCAAUGCCAUGCAGCAACUUCAAAAAGAGUCAAAUGCUUUUCAAAAUCCGGAUAUGUUUGACGUUUUAAAAUUGAGUCGUUCAUUAUUUUGUCGCCAUUACCUGUGCAGAGUUGGGCAUUGUAGUUUUUUGCCCUUACAAGAAGAUGAUAACGACUAUCGCACUGCUGUGGGUCAGCUGCAAACCUAUUGGUCAAGAGAUAAUCACAACUUCGGUGAGGAAAGCGUCAUGGAGUGGUUUAACAGUAUGGAUUUUGGCACGAGUGGCAAUGAAGUAAAAAACGAAGUAGUGCCGUUUUGGAACGACUAUUUCUACAGAAUGAUUCUAUUGAAAGAUGAGUUUGAAGAGUUACAAGAACACCCAGAAAAAUUUCCGGGGAUUGUAGACAGUAUGCUGCAAUGUACAUGCGAAAAUGAUUUUACUGGAAUCUCUUGCGACCAAUGCCCUUCAGACAAGCGUAUAUGAUAUGUUAUUGUUCAGUAAUCUUUAAAUAAUUUUUAAAAAAUAUUAAACUUAAUUUUGAAUCUAUUAUUUUUCGUUACAUCAUAACUUCACGUUUCCUUACAUAAUGCACUCAUGUUGCAAUUGCAUGAGACAAUACUUUUAACAACGGUAAACAUUUUGCCGCUGGGGGGCAGCGAGCAUGAUACUUGUGGCAUAUAAUUUCCUUUAAAAAUUAGGCUUAUUCCUGAAAUCGUAUUUCCAAAACCAAUGAGAUUAUAGAAUUCAAGAAAUUUAGACCUCAUCGUGUUUAUUUGGAGUGAAGUAAUGCUGGAAUAAAUAGUAGAUGAAUCGCGUAUCGUGGAAUUUAUAUACCAGUACAUCCAGUUUAUUGAGUCAAAAAAGCAUUUGAAACGUUGUUCAAUGAAUUAUCAAAUUUACAACAUAUUAAAAGUCGCAGUAGCACUCAAGUAUGAAAGCUUGCCGUUGGUAAAGCGGACGACUACAAUUACAUUGCUCUCCCACAUAAAGCUUAUGUUUGGAAUCUCUAAUUCGCCUAACAUGUAAUUAGUAAAAUACCUUGGUGUUUUGUAAACAUUCAUUGACAUGCUAAGUUGUGCUUUGUCAUGAUACAUAAAUGUAAUAAGAUCCUUUUAGCAAAUCCAGUACAAUCUCCUAAUCAAUAAAUCGUUGUCCAUCUUUAUCAUUUGAAUUGUGUAUAUGUCUCAUCUCGUAUUUCCCAAAUGUGACCGAGUUUCUACAAGCAAGUCGUAAGAUCCGUUACGGCAUUCCAACUUGGUAUAAUAUAUAUUUGAAAAUGUUGAUCGUUUCAUACAUUACAAAAAAGCUCUGGAAAACGUAAACAUUGAUAUCUCGAUACCCAUAAAGCCAAAGUCGGGAUUAAAUCAGGCUCGACGUAACAUUUACUUGUGUGAUGUAGAAAUUCGAAGAUCUUGAACCUGCAAAUAGUCACUUACAGGGCAUCAACUCAAAAUCUGUCGCACAUA